AUGACGAUUCUCGCUACUCGCCUUUCGCUCGCAGCGGCUACUGCCAUUGGUCCAUUUUACGAUCCAUCUACUCGAAACGGACCAGCGCCACUUUGCCGGGACCCCUCCCUCCUCUGCGAACUCUGCCCUUCUAAAAAUUCCCCAUCUCGUGCUACUACAGUACAGUAUCCGUCCGAGUUUGCUAACCCCAUCUGUAGGCCCAUCGGCGAACGCAGCCGCCGAUUCGAGGCACAAGGCCACUUCAAGUGUGUUCAGCUCUGCCUCCUGGUGCAGGUCCAGUGCCAAUCACACGCCGCGAUCGAGAAGGAUUGCUGGCAGUCGCACCACACUGCCACGGCCACCGUCAGCCCUGCGUCGGGGCAAGCCUAG